AUGCUUCCACUGGCCAUCUGCAGCUCGUUCGCUGUCGGAGCCGUGCUCCAAUGCUCCAAAGGGCGCGAAACGGUCAGCUUCUACUCUGAAAUCCACUGAAUGAGCCUUCGUUUUACAGGUUCACGAUCCGAAAAACAAAAACAACAAAUCGGCAAGGGCGGCCAAGUCUUCCAAGUCUGCCAGGGUAAGCAGCCGUAAAGGGCUUCAAGGGGUCACUUGAGUGUACUUAAAAGCCCUGAACACAUUGUAUUUUGCUGUUAUCGUCAAAAAUAUGAUUUCUCCACCCUCUCUUUUCUCAAAGACGCUCUCGUGUUCUCGUGCUCUUUUCUUGUUUCCGUGACCUCUCAUGUGAGAGAUUGAAGAACAUGGGAAAGUCGGACUAUGAAGCCGCUUCUCUUUCAUGCUUUAGAAUGCCGCUGUGCGCAAGUAGUUUCUGGUCGGCCGCACUCAAAAAGUACCGUUUCUUGAACCGCGUCACUAUUUUCUACUUCAAUCUCACGAUCAUCUACUCAUCGUCCUGAUUCAGGCGUCCAAGUCUGCUAAGGGCAGAAGCGGAAAAUCUUCCAAGGCCUCGAAGUCCUCCAAGUCGUCCAAGUCGCGCAGCCGCAAGAGCUCCAAAUCUUCCAAGGCCUCCAAGAAGGUCUCCUCAACUCCGGAAGCUUUUCCAAAAACUUUCCAGGACCCCAAGGCUGUCCUCGCUUCCACCAAGAGCCUCAAGAAGGAUUCGAAGGACAAAUCGAAGAAAGGCGCCAAGAAGGAAGAAUCGUCGCGCAGGUCAAGUAAAUCCAGCAGGUCCAGCAAGGCCCAGAAGGAACAGAAGGAAAGGAAGAGCACCGUUUUUUCCGAGGAGAAGCAGAAGAGCGACUCGACUACCGUUGGUAGGAAAUUGGGAAUUUUUGAAAAUUGGUCAUUUUUGAAAAUUGGUCAUUUUUCUGGAAAGUUGGUAGGACAUUUACUUUCAUGUGUGAUCUGAGAAAUUUCAAAUUUUCGAAACAGAAACCUGAAAGAGUUUUUUCUACUUAUGGCUUCAAACAUUUUUUUUUCAAAGAAGAGAAAUUUAUUAAAUUUUAGAAAUUGUAGAAAACUUAGAAAUUGAGCUUAUAAGGUACUGAAAUUUAAGUUGUGGUUUCAUCGUUUUGAGCCAAUUCUGUGUAUCAACCGAAUAUGAUGCAGUAUAGCCUGUGUACCACGACUUGGAAUUUCACCAAACGACAUUCCGUUCCGCUGCGCGCCUUUGCGAACCUCGCUUUUAAUUUUUUUUUUUCCUAUUAUUGAGGUCUACUUUCAUGUGCCCCCACAGCAGUAAUAAUCAAUUGAAAGCGUGACCUGGAUUGGAAAGACGCUUCGCGAACGCACGCAGCGGAACAGCGGAAUGUCGUUCCGUGAAAUUUCAAAUCGUGGCAGACUAUAGUUAUACUGUAAUUGAAAAUUUUUUAUCGCCGCUCAAUUUCUCUCUUUGCUUGAAAAUUUGGGAGUUCAAUUUGCUUUCCUUUUUUUUGAAAAUUUCUUUAAAUUAGCUCAAAUUUUUAUUGGAGGUCGGUCCCGCAUAGUGUGCUACUUUGUUAGUUUCAAGCUUCAUUUCAUAAUUACUUUUUCGAGUCUCAAGAAGAUGUUUAAGUUCGCCCCAGCAGCAACAUGAAGGUGGAGCCGCAAGAGCUUAACUACGAGACGAGGGGAGGCCUCAAAGACGUGGUCGUCGUCAACAACUCGACCCAACGCAAGGCCUUCAAGGUGUCCCUGAAGGGUCUCACCUGAAAUUAUGAGGAAAUUGCAGGUGAAAUGCUCGGACAACAUGCUGUACCGCGUCAACCAAGUGCACGGCAUCGUCGAGCCCGGCUCCGAGUUCAAACUCGAGGUUCUCCGGAACAACGCCGCCGCCAAGACCGACAAGCUCGUCGUCUUGACCACCGACGUUUGUUUUUCUAUUGGAGAAGCGCUUUUGAGAAGCUUGUAGAAGAAAUUUAGAAAAACUUUUCCUGGGAAAAUUUUUAGUGGCCACUAUAUGGUUUUGACGUUUUAGUGGCCAUUAUAGUAGUCAAAUUAGUGGCCACUAUAGAGGUUUUAGUGAUACUCCUAGGCAACUGAAAGUUUUAGUGGCCACUUUAGGGGUCAAUGUAUCAACAUAACUGGUCCAAUAUGUUUGUUUUAAAAUUAUCAGAGUUACUGGAAUAUUGGAUGAACAACUACUGAAGUGACCACUUAAUAGAGAACUUCUAUAGUGGCCACUAUAGAAGGGAGGUUUAGUGGCCACUUUAGUGUCCUCUCCGAGUAGUCCUUUUCAAAUAGUUUUUGGGAAAAGAAAAAGUACUUAAGUAGCUAUUUGAGAAAAGCCGAAAAAAUAGGUCUUUCAAAAAAAAUUUUGUGGAAAGUUAUCCUCUCAUGUUGCCCUUUUCAUUGUUUCAACCAUUUUGAAUUUUCAUUUUUGCUCUCUAAUUUUUCCACCGUUGACCUUAAAGGCCCUUGAAAUAGGCUUGAAAAGAAACCUUUACCUUUUUCCUGGCAUUUUCUAACUUUUUUGACUUUUUCCUAUCAUUAUUUGACUUUUUCCUCCUGCAAACUUGAGGUUCAAGAAACGACAACUUUGUCAGUUUUACCUUUUACUGUAUCCCCACAGUAAGACUUGCAGGCCGGGCCGGAUGACACGGACGCCCGCGAGGUCUUCACAAGCAAGGACACGCAGGCCCGCGAAAUGAUGAUCGUCCCGCUUUUGGCCCACUGA